UCAGCUGUUUGUAUCUUCUGACACACCUUGAUUGCAUUUUCAUUUUCAUUUUCAUUUUUUUUAAUUAUCAAUAGAUAGAUUUCUCAGCUAUCACAGAAACAAAGACCCUCUCUCUCUAUCUCUCUCUCACACACACACAACGCCUUCAAAGGUUCUUUGUUGCUCAUCAUCAAAGGGUGCUUUAAUAACUUGCUUGCUUGGCUGCAUCAAAUGAUUUGAAAAGAGAGGGUAAGUCAAAUCAUCAAACAACCAAGUUCAAUUAUUCUCAGCAGUUGUUCUAAGAUGAUGAUGAUGAUGAAGCACGUGCGCUCUCUAUUAAUCCCUGUCACACCAGAGUUGUUUUGAGAAGGAAUUGAAGAAGCUACAUAGCAUCAUUGAGGAUGAUCCACAAAAUAAGCAUAGGGACGCAGCAGAUUAUUACUGGUUCAUCAGGUCACUGAAAUUAAAGAGGGUGAAUUCAAUUCAAGUAUUUAACCGAAAAAUAAUCCAUGGCGACGUACUUUCAUGGCAAUUCAGAAAUCCAAGCACCUUCUUCUGCUGAUGGACUUCAAACACUUGUUCUCAUGAACCCUCCUCCUCCUCCUCCUGCUGCUGCUGCUGCCUACAUCCACUACCCUGACGCGCCACCACCAUCUCACGCUCCCGCCAACCUUCUCUUUCUCAACUCUUCCGCCACCGGAAACAACUCCUUCUCCCCUCACGCGCCUCCCCCUCAUACUCAACAGUUUGUUGGAAUCCCACUCUCCUCGCAGGAUAUCAACCACCACCACGACGUCUCCGCCCUGCAUGGCUUCCUCCACCGCAUGCAGUACAACCCGUGGACAACCAUGGACCCCACCUCGGCGGCGCGUGAGACUCCACGCGCUCAGCAGGGUCUGUCCCUGAGUCUGUCCUCGCAGCAAGCCGGGUUAGGUUCUUUCAGGGACGUGGCGCCGCAGGCUUUGUCCGGCGACGAGAUUUGCGGUGGUCGGUCAACGUCAUCGGCUUCUGCAGUGACGAACGGUGGGUCGAGCAUUCAGAGCGUGAUUUUGAGCUCAAAGUAUCUGAAGGCAGCGCAUGAGCUUCUGGAAGAGGUUGUGAAUGUUAACAACGCUGAGUUGGCGACGAAGAAGAUGAUGAAGACAGUUGGCGAGUCAUCCACUGCAGCAAGCGGAGACGGUUCCAUUGGUGGCGAGGGUAGCGGCAAGCGUAGCUCAGAGCUUUCCUCGGCGGAGAGACAAGAAAUUUCACUGAAGAAAGCAAAGCUACUGAGCAUGCUUGAUGAGGUAGAGCAAAGGUACAGACAGUACCAGCAGCAGAUGGAGGUGGUGGUGUCAUCGUUCGAGCAAGCGGCGGGAAUAGGGUCGGGUCGGACAUACACGGCGCUUGCAUUGCAAACAAUUUCGAAGCAGUUUAGGUGCUUGAAGGACGCCAUAACAAGACAGAUCAAAGGUGCAAACAAGAGCUUAGGAGAGGAAGAAGGGUCACGCCUUAAAUAUGUUGACCAUCACUUGCGUCAACAGAGAGCUCUCCAACAAUUGGGAAUGAUCCAGCACAAUGCUUGGAGACCCCAGAGAGGCUUGCCUGAACGUUCUGUUUCUCUUCUUCGUGCUUGGCUCUUUGAACACUUCCUCCAUCCCUAUCCCAAGGAUUCUGACAAGCACAUGCUUGCUAAACAAACUGGCCUUACCAGGAGCCAGGUUUCAAACUGGUUUAUAAAUGCUCGAGUUCGACUUUGGAAACCAAUGGUCGAAGAAAUGUAUGCAGAGGAGAUGAAGGAUCACCACUUCAACAACAAUGCUACUACUUCUGACGACAAAUCAAACAACACCAACAACCAAGACCCUUCAACAAAAAUUGCAGACAAACUUCCAACAUCUGAAACAGAAUCUCAUAAACAAGACCACAACACUCCCGUGGUGUCACCACUUGAAGGGAACAUGAGAAACCAACCAGGGUUCAGCUUCAUCAUGGGAUCAUCAGAACUAGAAGGAAUCACACAACACCAGCAGGGAAAUAGUCCAAAGAAACCAAGAAUCAACAACAAUGAAGCUUUGCAUAGUUCCCAAAGUAACAUUCCUUCCAUGAACAUGAUGGAUGUGAAGCACAAUGAGCAGGGGAGACAAGGAUAUUCUUUCAUGGGGAACCAAACUAACUUCAUUAGCGGUUUUGGACAGUACCCUUCCAUUGGUGACAUGGAUAGGUUUGAUCCAGAACAAUUCACAACACCACCACCAAGGUUUUCAGGUAAUGGAGUUUCCCUCACUCUUGGUCUUGAUUCAUUGCCCGGAACGCACCACCAAUCGUUUCUACCAAACCAGAACAUUCAACUCGGAAGAAGCAUUGAUAUUGCGGAACCAAACGAUUUCGUUGGCGCCAUGAACACUUCUUCAUCUCCUCAUUCCUCUGCUGCUGCUGCAUUUGAGAGUAUUGGCAUGCAGAAUCCAAAGAGGUUUGCUGCACAAUUGUUGCCAGACUUUGUGGCCUGAAUAAACCAUAUAUAUUGAAGGUUGAGGAAUCAAACAAAGUAGUGUAAAGAAAGGAGGAAUAUUAUUCUUUACUUUAGUAUAGGUUUUAUAGUUCAUACCAUGCAUAGAACCAUUUGAGUUCUUACUUUAGGUAUAGCUUUAGGAUUUGAGAGAGUAUAUUGUUGAAUGAGGUUGUAUAUUAUUUUUGUAACUUGUUAAAGGUGGGAUAGAUAUUGGCGAUGUCAUAAAAGUUUACUUUGAUAAAAGAUACCAAAUAUUUUCCUCGAUUGAUA